UUCUAAGCAACAUUUGCAGACUAAACAAACACGAAACAGUUUGCAGAACCAGAGGUAAAUGUCAGUUUUAACGUGCAUCCCUGGAGUGGGACCCACACUUCUCCAGUCCUGCAUAUUUAAGUUUGGCUUUUACUUUAAGCGUCAAAUAAAACAGUUGGGGUAAAAUAAACCUGAGAUGCAGAAUGUGUCUUAAUACUAAACUCACAGUUAGGUUGGUGGGUAGUCUGAUGCCAAAGUUUAUUCUCUGUGUCACUCUGUUGGCCGAGAAGACAGCUGUUGCUGGAAAAGCUUCAGGUCGUUGUCUGUGAGGUUCAAGACCUCAGCCACAGUAUGAAGUCAGGUCAGGCACACGCAUGCUGCAAUGUGUAUUAAUACUUAAUACUUUAUUAAGACACAUUCUGCAUCUCAGCGGAAUGUGAGGCAGCCCCUUUGCGGUCCUGUUUGGGAAAAUGCGGCCCUGAAAUGACAGGUUGUCGCGCGGGCAUGGGACAGAGUUUACAGUUGUGAACGCUUCUUCUGUCCCUUGAGGCGUCUAUGGCCUCUCGUCUCUUGCUCUGUAUAAAAACUGAGUCUUUCAAAGAUUGCGUUUUCAAAAACUUUUCGAUUCCUGCCAAUCCUGCAGAGUGUGUCCCAUCAAACGACGGCACAGGGAAAGCUCCCUAAGCUGCCUGCCCGAAGUCUGAGCUCAGCUCCCUCUUCCAAAGGCACUUUGGCAGGUUGAGGAGCCGCCGGCCCUUGCAGCCGUGCCUGUUUCCCCUUUGCAGCUCCGGUCCUGCCGGCGGACCCGCCUCGCAGGCCUUUGGGCCUCCGACCGGGCGGAAGAACCCAGCCCUCGAACCAAAUAUCCCACCCGGCUGGAGGGCGGGAGUCCGGCCGGAACUGCCUUCUUCCGAGACCCCUCCCUCUGGGCAGGGAGCAGAUCCCAAUCGGUGGUCACUCGGCGCUCCUCUGCUCUGGUCUGCCGGUUUCUAGGAGGCGAGGACGGGCAGGCGCAGUGGGGGCGGCCUCGGGGCACGCCGGGCCGGUGGUGCUCGGCGCUCCGCUGCCCCGCCUGUCGGUUGCUAGGAGGCGGGGAGGCGCAGGCGCAGCGGGGACGGCCGCGGGGCCCGCGGGGCGGGCGGUCGCAAGAGUUCCGUUGCCCCGCCUGCCGGUUGCUAGGAGGCGGGACGCCUGCUGGGAGGAGGGUGCGGGCGUCCGGCGGUCUCUUUCCGGAGCCUGGCCGGGCCGAGGGCAGCGCGGCCGCCCGGGCCUGCAGGCGGCGAUGGAGCCGGGAAAGAGGAGAACCAAAGAUGAUACUUGGAAAGCAGAUGACCUCAGAAAACACCUUUGGGCGGCGCAGUCAGCCAGCUCCAAGGACGAGAAGAAACACAGAGACAAGAAGCUGCCCAAGGAAUCAGAAGCGGACCUCACAGACUACAAAGAGCACAAACCCAGGGACCCAGACCAGGACGCCAGGCACCGAGACAGGGUGUCUGGGAGGGAUGGCCCUGCUCCCCGGGAGCACCCCCAUGGGGACAGGGACAGGAGGAAGGACAGGGACAAGGCCAAGGAGAGACACCGGGAGCAGGAGGCCGAGAAGGCCCAUGGCAGAGGGAAGGACCGCGAGAAGGAGAAGGAGCGAGAGCGCCGGGCUCGGCGGGAGGAGCUGAGGCAGGUGGCCGUGCACCACCACCUGCUGGGCCGCGAGGUGCGAGGGUGGCCGCCGCCCGACAGGCCGGAGCGCAGGCGGGCAGUAAGUAAAGCAAGAGUUGAAGAGAGGGACCUGAGAGACGAAGACUCUGAAAGAGGAGACGAGAGAGAAAGAAGAUACCGGGAAAGAAAGCUGCAGUAUGGUGACAGCAGAGACAACCCCCUCAAGUACUGGCUGUACAAGGAGGAAGACGAGCGACGACACAGGAAGCCGAAAGAGCCAGACCAAGGAAGGAAACAUCAUCACGAAAAAAGCAGCACACGGGAGAAAAGAGACAAGUACUCGAAGGAGAAAAGUCACUCGUUCUCUGACAAGGAGGGGGAAGACAGACACAAAGAAAAACGCCGUAAAGAAGGCUUUCACGUUGAUGACGAGAAGCCCCGAGGCCACGUGGACAAGAAGGAGCCCAGGAGGAGGGAGGCCAAGGUGUGGUUUCAGGAUGAUGAACACAGAAAUCGAGGCGCAAGUUCAAAGAGAGAAGGGAUUGGCAGCCAGCAUGCAGAGAAUUUAGCGAGGACUAGUGGAAAAGAUAAAGACUCGAGAAGAAAGGAAGUUGAAAAGGAAGACAUUGAUUUAGAAAGUGCUGGAGCUGAUGAAUAUACAGCCAGUUUUGAGGAUGAUUUUGAAGACUAUGAGGACGACUUUGAGGUCUGUUCUGGGGAUGAUGUUGGCACGGACGAGCCCGAGUCAGGAGAAGCGGUGGAGGAGCUUCCCCCAGCCAGGAGGCGGGAGAUUCAGGAGAUUCAGAGAGCCAUUCACGCGGAGAACGAGCGCAUCGGCCAGCUGUCCUCGAGGCUGCUGGAGAAGCAGGACCAGCCAGUUCAAGCCAGGGGCCCAGGGCCAGAUGCAAACAGUUCCCCUUCCAAGACCCCUGUUUGUGGAAUUUUCGUGGAUUUUGCAACAGCCUCACACCGUCAAAAGAGUCGGACUCAGGCCCUUAAGCAAAAGACGCGCAGCACCAAGCUGCUCAGGCUCAUCGACCUAGACUUCUCGUCCUCCUUCUCCCUCUUGGACCUCCUGCCCGUGAGCGAGUAUGACAGGUACAUCAGGAGCUUCGGGAGGAAAAACACCAAGCAGGCCUACGUUCAGUGUAAUGAAGAUCGCGUGGAAAGGGACGCCCAGACUGAGGAGGUCGAGACCCGGGAGGUGUGGACUCAGCACCCAGGGGAAGGCGCAGCCGUGUCUGGGGGGAGUGAGCAGAGCAACCCCUGUGACGGGGCCAUCGUCCCGAAGGUCGACACGCCCCGGCUGUCCAGCUUCCUCCGGGCAGCCUGCCAGGUGAUGGCGGUUUUGCUGGAGGAGGACCGCGCGGCAGCCGGGCCGAACUGGACCCCGCUGGCACAGGAGGGCACCCUGCCAUUCAGCGAUAGCUGCGCCCCGCUGAACACCAGCCUGCCCUUCCUUCAGCACCGAAGAGUGUGCUGCCUGCAUGCCUCUCAAGUUCAUAGGCGGACGGUGGUGUCCGUCCACGGGCUGCCUGGCAAGGCCGUCUCGCCCCUGCUGGACAGCAGAUACGUGCUCUGUGUGUGGGACAUCUGGCAGCCCUCGGGGCCUCAGAAGACCCUGAUAAGCGAGUCAGAGGUCACGUGCUGCUGCUUUAGCCCCUUGAAAGCCUGUUUGCUGUUUGCCGGAACCGCGCAUGGCUCGGUGGUCGUGUGGGAUCUGAGAGAAGAUUCCAGGAUCCAUCGUUACGUGAAGCUGAGCGAGGGCUUCUGGACGUUCAGGACCCCAACUUUUUCCACGGAUGGCGUCCUCACAGCUGUCAACCACCAAAGUCCCCUCCAAGCAGUAGAGCCGGUCUCAGCAUCCGUCUGCAAAAGACAGAGCUCCGUGCUGUCACCUUUCUCUACUCAAGAAGACCUGGCGUGCUUGUCCUCCCACAUUGCCUCGCUGGAUGAGAGCGGCGUCCUCAACCUGUGGGUGGUCGUCGAAUUACCAAAGGCAGAUAUUGCAGGUUCACUGCGUGACUUAGGGUUGAUACCUGGAGGGAGGAUAAAAUUGGUGCACGGUGCCGUGAUUCAGCUGAGCGACAGCCUUUCCCGUAAAGGGUGUGAACCUUGGGGGUCCGCGCAGACGCUGACGGUUAAGUUCCUGCCCUCAGACCCUAACCACUUCGUCGUUGGCACAGACUUGGUGCCCUCUCCCCAGGGCCUCAUCAGCCACGGCUCCAGGCAGGACUCGAGGGCGUCCCCCAGACUGUUCCGACCCCAGCAGCCGGGCGUGAGGCCGGUGAGAGUGACCGCCAUCGACUUCUCACCGUUUGGAGAACCCGUGUUUCUGGCCGGCUGUUCUGACGGGAGCAUCCGCCUGCACCAGCUGGCGGCCGAGCGCCCCCUCCUGCAGUGGGAGGACAGCACCGGCGGCCGUGCGGUCACCGGCCUGCGCUGGGCCCCGACCAGACCUGCUGUGUUCCUGGUCCAGGACGACGCAUCCUGUGUGUAUAUUUGGGACCUCCUGGAAAGCGAUUUGGGUCCUGUAGCCAAGCACCCCGUCUCUCCAGACAAGCUGGUGGCCAUGACCGUCGUGGGGGAAGCAGAGAAGACCCGCGGUGGCUUCCUGGCGUUGGUGCUGGCCAGAGCCUCGGGCCGCGUGGACGUCCAGUACCUGAAGCAGGAGUGGGCGGCCCCGGCAGGCGAGGAGCAGCGGAGGCUGCGGCUGCUUCUGCAGGAGGCCCUGUAGGAGGCAGGGGCCUGGGGGGGCAGCAGGUGCUGUCCAGGGCGGGGCCCAGGGCCACCCAGAUGUCACACCCGCGCGUGUCCCUUCCUGUGGCUAGAAGGCAGAUGUCAGUACGCAGGUCACUUUCCAAGAACGUCCCUUCCGUAACACCAUGAAUAAAUCGCUAUUUUUGAAUGGAAACAGCAGACGUUUUAGUGUGUACUGAACGUGGAAGGCAGCCGAGCCGUGUCCAGGAUGCUCUUCUCUGAGAACACGUCUACUUUUUUUGCAGAAAGCUUUAAAAUAUUGUCACAUUUAUUACUAGAUUUUAAACAAUGCAAAUGAAAAUGUCUUUUAUAAAUAACAUGUAACUAAAAAUAUACUUCCUACGGCAUAUGGAAGUUCUCUGGCCAGGAGUCGAAUCAGAACUGCAGCUGAGGCCUGCACCACAGCCCUGGCAACACCGGAUCUGAGCUGCACCUGUGACCUACACCACAGCCUGUGGCAACGCCGGAUCCUUAAGCCUCUAGGCAAGGCCUGGGAUCAAACCCGCAUCCUCACAGAGACGAGUCGGGUUCUUACCCACUGAGCCCCAACGGGAGCUCCAUGAAAAUGUACUUUAAACGGCUUUUUAGUCAUACAUAAAAUGACAUAUUCACAGAUUUAAAUGAAAGGAAUCACUCCAUUCAGUUCUGUGCCAUCUAGCAGAUGGAAUUAAUUUGAUUCCUGAGCAUUCUGCUUCUGCAGACGUGUUUGUAGCUCUGUGCACAGGGGGUGGCUCCCGGGUCACUCCCCAGAACCUUGGUGCUGCCCCGACCUCGGCUUCCUGGCUGUCCAAGGGCUCGGGUGGGGACGGAGGCCCCUGGCAGCCGCAACUUGAUGGUGACUUGCAGGCCUAGAGGGGUCGGCUGCAUGGGUGGCACUGGUGCAGCUGCAGGGCUCUGACUGCUGUGGUCCACGCAGUGCCCUGAGCCUUUCUCCUGCUGCUCUCUGGCCAGUGCGUGGAGCCCUGUGCCCGUCUCACCCCCUAUCCAGUGCUGCGGGGAGGGGCAGGCUUCCCGUUCGGGGGCAUCGGGGGUCUGAGCAUGGAGCCCACCCAUCAGGUCAUCAGUGGGGAUGGUGGCCUUUGCGGGCGACCCUCCUGGGUACUCCCGGGUCAGCAGCCGCCUCCUGUGAGGCCAGCUCCAUGGGGCUUUGUGAAACCAGGUUGAACUGAACUGACUCAAACCUCUAAAUGUAUUGGGAUUAUAUAAUGUAUGUUUAAAGCUCUCUUAAAUAUGGUAUCCUCUUAAUAAAAUGUGAUAUCACGG